AUGGUCAAACUCAUCAAUAUACUUCUUGUGUGCGGUGCUCAGCUCCUGUCUGAGAUCCCCUCGACACAAGCCCAAGGAUUGGCAGGGCAGGGAUCUGGAACCGCUAGUGCUCGCUUUGGCCAAGGCUCAGGAUCUAGAAACGGGCUUGGUCGUGGGUGUUGUUGCUUCGAAGAGCCAGAGCCUGAGCCAGAAACUCCUGUUGAGUGUAAACCACAGUGUCCCUCCGCGCAUGCGAAGGCUUUCCAGUGUAAUGGCCGGAAAUAUAAGCAGUUCUGCGGCAUUCAUGUCGCUACACCCACACUGAGAGAGUUUGACGUGUCUUCUUACCAAGAAUGUUUCGACAGCUGUAUUCAGGAACCUCAGUGUCACGCUCUUGAUUUUAUGAACAACCACUGUUGGCUGAAAACGCAAGGUGUUGAUCCGCCUCCCAAAGCCAUGCCGAGUAACCAGGAUAUUAGCAUUAUCUUCCUCUAG